GCGCAGAUCGGCUUCAUCCCGGCCAAUGUCCUCGAUGCAAUCAAGGCUCGCAAUGACAAUGCGGAGACGACAGUCUUCGUUCACGACGGGCGUUGGAGUCGCAUAGGGCUGCACGCCCGGCUGAAUACAUUCGAGAAACGGAGCAAAGCCCUAGCAGACGUUGUAGGGGCAUGGCAUGAGGAGGGGCUUUUCAGCUCAGCUUUAGACGGCUGGCGCGACGAGAUGUAUGGCAUCUACUCAUCUCCUUCCUACCCUUAUCGCACAUGGGAGAACAAGGAGACAGUGCCGAAUGAGAGAGCAUUUGAGCUGGAGCGGGCGGCGUGCGCCUUAUUUGGGCUCGCGACGUUUGGAGUGCAUAUGACAGCUUAUGUCGACGGCAGCUCAGCAUCAAAAUCAGGCAAUGCAGGCAGCACAGAAGGUCUUCGCCUUUGGACCCCACGUCGCUCCCCCACAAAGGCGACCUGGCCCUCCUACCUCGACAACUCCGUCGCAGGCGGCAUCACAUCGGGAGACUCUCCGUAUGAAAGCAUGGUACGAGAAUGCUGGGAAGAGGCUGGUUUGCCGGCCGACCUAGUUCGUCAGCACCUGCGCCAGACGGGCGUCAUCACCUAUGUGUAUCGUACGCCGGAGGGCUAUUUGCAGCCCGAGGUGGAGUAUACGUACGAUCUGCCCCUUCCAGCGGACGUGAGGUUGAGGCCAGAGGACGGGGAGGCAGAAGAUUUCAGAUUGAUGGAGGUGGACGAGGUGUUGCAACGGAUGGGCAAGGGGGAGUUCAAACCCAACUGUGCCCUAGUGGUCAUAGAUUUCUUGGUCAGGCACGGGAUCGUGACUGUGCAGGAAGAGCCGCGGUAUAUGGAAGUGGUAGCGCUGCUGCACAAUGACUUGGCAUUACCUGGACCAUGA